AUAUUAGUCUCGCUUUGCUACUGAAACUCGCAAUAUAUGUGCGAGGGAAGAAGAGUCUUUUCUAACGCGCGCACUUGAAAUCUUUGGGAUUUUUCCUCACUAAUUUCAUUCAAUUAAACGGCAAAUGUUAAUUUGUCUAUCGUGCAUCGCUGUAAAAAGUAAUUAUUUCAUUGUUUCUAAUGCUCAAAAUAGGACCAAAAAUAGAAAAAACGAGCUUAGUUGAAGAGAAGACUGUGAACACUUUUGUGAAGUUGGUCGUGUGAAUAGAGUUGGAAAAUUAUUUCUGCACGAGAAGGGAGGUAUAGUCCAUUAAAAUGCAGAAAAUGCCACGAAAAGAAGAACAGUCUCUGCUGGGGGGACAGAGAACAAAUGGAGGCGCAACAAUUGUUCCAAACCAAACCGUCAGGGAAAUUGGAUAUUAUAUCGUGCGCGAAUUAAAUGGCGGCAGUGGAGAAAUAGAAAGAACACCAUUUAUCACGCACAAUGAGCCAGUUCGUUUAACACCCGCCUGGGAGGAAAGCAAUUUGCCAAAUGAUGAGUUAAAUUUUAAAGGAAUGACAAUGGAACGCGCCACAAUGGAGAUUAAUCCGCCAAACGACAGAUGUUAUUUAGUAUUUCUAACGCUUGUUCUUCAUGGUAUUGGUACCUUAAUGCCUUGGAAUAUGUUUAUCACUGCCAAAUCGUAUUUUGUGUCUUAUAAAAUGUCAGAGGAUUAUACGGGAAUGCAGUCGGAUUAUGCUUCAAAUUUCUUAGCAUACCUCGGCUUUGCUGCUCAAAUACCAAAUUUACUCUUCAACUGGAUUAAUAUUUUUAUCAGAGUUGGGGGUAAUUUAACGGCACGCAUCGUAUGGAGUAUAUGUAUAGAGGUGAUUAUCUUCGUUCUCACUGUUGCUCUUGCCAUGAUUGAUUCUUCGGCAUGGCCCGGUGCCUUCUUUUGGAUAACAAUGGUGUCUGUUGUUGUGCUCAAUAUGGCUGGUGGUGUUUAUCAGAACACAAUCUACGGAAUUGCAGCAAAGCUUCCGAUAAAGUAUACGGGAGCUGUUGUUCUUGGAUCAAAUAUCAGUGGCACAUUCACAGCCAUUAUCUCAAUAUUGAGUGAGAAUUUCGCAUCAUCCCCUCGAACAGCAGCUAUUUAUUACUUCAUCGCUGCAAUGUUCAUCCUUUUACUUUGCUUCGACACGUAUUUUGCAUUACCACUCAAUAAAUUCUACAGAUAUCAUGAAAUGCUGAAGGAGAAGGAAGAAGAAAAAAGUAAAAUAUCAGGCGUGGAUGUAAAUGCACGACCGCCUUACUUUAAAAUCUUCCGACAGUGUUUCCCUCAGCUAUUUAAUGUCUUUUUCGUCUUCUUCGUCACCUUGGCCGUCUUCCCAGCCAUCCAUUCGGACAUUAAGCCAAGUGAUAGUAAUUUUAUCAUCUCCGACAAGUACUUUGUUAGCGUUACAUGUUUCCUCACAUUCAAUCUCUGUGCAAUGCUGGGAAGCUUGAUAACCUCAUGGAUUAAUUGGCCAAGUCCAAGAUUCCUCGUGAUUCCUGUUGUAUUGCGAGCUGCCUUCCUUCCCUUGUUCCUCUUCUGCAACUAUCGCCCACUCGGAAUUGAGCGAAUCCUGCCGGUAUUUAUCACAAAUGAUUGGGUUUACUGGUCCAUUGCUGUUGUCAUGUCUUUCAGUUCGGGUUAUUUGAGUUCUUUGGGGAUGAUGUACACGUCUAAAUAUGUUGAACCCCGGUAUGCGGUAACAGCUGGAAUGUUUGCCGCUGCAAUGUUGAUAACAGGAAUUUUCUCGGGUAUUCUCUUCUCAAUGGUAUUCCCUAUCAUUGUUGAGAGAAUUUCAUGGUAAUUGAAGCAUUUUCGGCAUUUUCUUCUUGCAUCCAAACAAAAUGUAAGUUCAUCAUACAAACUUCCAUUACCUAUAUACAUUUUAGUAGGAAUUUCAUAAAAUAGACAGAGUGCAGAAUAGGAAAAAAAAAUCCAAUAUUGUGACACAAAUCAUAACUAUUAAAUAGAAUUUUUAAAUCAUUAAUCAAAGUAAAAAGAAAAAAAUAUUAUAUUCUGAGAUCUUUAAUCAAGAAUUAAGAUUGUUAAUUUUAUUCAUUCACCUCAAGGAAUUCUACUAAAGACAAGAUAAUAAAUGUUUCGCUUGCGAGAGAUUAUUAAGAAAGAAUGAUAAUGGUACGCAGAGACCAAGUUAAUCCAUUUUGUAAAAAAAAAAUAAAUAAUCUAAAUAACUUUUAAAACUAUUUAGAUAGACAAAUAUUAAGUCCAAAAAAAAACGCGCAAAAUGUUUCCUUUUUUUAAAGUUUUAUUUAAAAUUUUGAAGCUAUGUUUUUAAGGAGAUUUUCUUCACUUUAUAAAAGUUUUUUUCUUUUAAAAUUGUAAAUCACUUUUUUUAUUUAUUAGAGCGCACUCAAUUUUAUCUAAUUUUUACAUAUUUUAUUUUGUGAUUAUUUUUAAAAUUGUGUUUUAAUUUUUACUUUUUGAUUAAUAAAUAUAAUUUGCAAACAAAAUUGCAAAGACAAAAGGCUCGAAAAUCAGUACAAUUUUCUCUAUUAUAGUAGUUGAAAGAAAAAAACAUACAAGAUGUGAAAAGAGAAAGAUGAGAAAAUACUUUAUUUGACCAAUAUUUAUUGAACAAUAGCAGAAACUACAUAAAAUAAAAACCAUAAGAGGUCUAUUAUGCAAACUACACAAUCAUAUUUAUCAACAUUUUGUAAAUAAAUCCGAUUUUAGAAAAUAAAUAUAUACAUUUUAUAUAUAAAAAUAUGGUGGAUACAGUGAAGUGCAAAAUAAUGGGCACAAAGAGAGGGAAAGGGAGAAAAUAAAAAGAUGCUUUGUGUUUUUGUGCUUUUGGCUUCAUUGAUUAGUUGAAUAUGGGGAAGUAAAGAAUUUAAUUUUGCCUGAAAAUUGAACCUACUUUUGGUUGUAAGAUAUUGCUUUAAAAGGAAAACUUUUAGUCCUGAUGAAAGACCAAAAUUUGUCCGAAACGUCGUCAAUAAUAAGGUGAUCUGCAAUAAAUUAAAUUUUUUAAGAAAAUCUUCGAAAAAAUCAUAGCUAAAAACAAAACAAAAACUGAAGAACUUUCGAAGAUAAACCCAAAGAUUAAAACUAGAUUCUUCAGCUGAAAAGAUUUUAAACUAAACUUGAUUUCUAGCCUACAAAACAUCUAAGAAUGUUGGCAAUUGGUUAAUUGAUGACAGUGGACUUCAUAAAUCAGGUGAAAUAACUGAUCCUUUGUAUUUUUCCUGAUUAUUUUACAGAUUUUUCAUUUUUUUUGGUUUAUUGACUGAACAACAUGAAUAAACUCCUUUUCAUCACUUAAUUUUUAGACUUCUGCAAAGAACAAAGUCUGAGAAACGAGAAAUUUAAAAACAUAAAUUGUAGAAAAAAAGAGUGAUAAAGACAGUGUAAAAUGCAAAAUUCCAAAGAUAGAAUUUUGAAUAAUUUUUUUUAGAAAGGAGUCUCUUCACUUUUGUUUGUGUCAUAAACCGCAAAGAAAGAAAACUUGUACAGCCACAGCAUUCAAAACACUUUAAAAGAAAAAUUUUUAUGCUUCAUAUCUGAUAAAUUUAUCUAAAAAGGACAAGACCACGCCCCUUUGUAUCCAAUUAUCCCCUUGAUAAUAUGAAGCAUAUAUGAUUCAGGGCUUCAAUUCAAAGCUAUUUUAAAAAAACUGAUCGUAUUUUUUAUAUUCAACAUGCUUUUGAGAUUUUAAUUUCCUGGAAAAAAUUGGUUAGUCAUCAACAUGUGCUUGACGUUUUUUUGUACAUCACUGUAUCCAUUCACUGAUAAAUUAAAAGACUUCUCAAAAAUGCUUCAAUAAUAUGGCAGAAAACCACAUUUCUUCUUAUGAAUAUUGAAAAAAAAAAAAUCUCAAAGAAUUAUUACCUUGUUAUUCUGCGUGUGGUUUCAUUUGAAAUGAUUCACGCGCUUUGGGACAGUAGCAUUGAAGCAGAAAAUGUAUGAGGUUUGGUAGAUUUUUCACAUUUUCCGCUUCUUUUUCAAGUUUUUCAUUCUUCAUAUUUUUUUUUCAAUUUGUGACCAGAAGGUAGAUUAAUAUAAAAAUAGAAUAUUUAUCUAAUAACUAAAUACAUAAAUAGUAAUUCCAAAAUGUAAUAAUUCCUGGAAUAUGAUAUGAUAAAAAAUGAAAAUACCUCUCCCUUUGUACUUGCUUAUUGACAUUUUUCUACUGAAACUUUUGACUCAACUUUUUUACACAAAACAAUGCAUUUUAAAAAGAAAAUAUUGGUAAAAAGAAGAUGAGAAGAAUAAAGUGCGUAGGCGAAGGAGCUUGCAUAAAGAUCGUAUAUCGACAAUAAUUGUAUAACAAUAAUAUUUGUAAAUUGGCGCGAAGAGUGUGAAGAUGCCGCAGAGAUGGAGAAUUUUUUUUCUUUUUUUUUGUAUAAUUUUGUAAUCAAACCAAAAUUUUUAAAGAGGCGUUUUUUGAAUAAAAUAAAAUGAAAAGAAAAACACGUUGCUUAAAGGAAUUAAAAUGAAAUGCCUGGAAUUUUUAUAUUGAAAAAAUGCUAUUAGUGAGGAAAUUAUUACUUUGCAAGAAUAGGUUAACAUUUAAUGUAGUAGACAAUUAGUUAAUGAUUAAUGUUCUAUUUUUUCUGUAGCUAAAUAGUUGUCUUUUUAAUUUUAAAAAUUCAUUAAAAAUAUUAUAAUAAUUUUUAAUCAUAUAAAUAAUACAUUUUUUUGUAAUAAUUUGUAGUUUUUAUAUUGUAAAAUUGUGAAGAAAAAGUGUCGAAAAAAAACUAAAUAAUUUAUUACGGAAAAUUGUAAAGAAAAGAACAAAAUACACGAAAAAAGAAAAUCAGUCUAUAAA